AUGCUUACUGCUCAAAGCCACCAAAAAAGUUUCACCGAUCAGAGACGGAAAUUUUUAGAAUUCGAUGAAGGAGAUCAUGUAUUCCUAAGAGUUACUCCAACAGGAGUGGAUAGAGCGAUCAAAACAAAGAAGCUGAAUCCUCGUUAUAUCGGUCCGUUUCAAAUUCUAAAGAGAAUUGAGCUGGUGGCAUAUCGGAUAUCUCUAGCGCUUUCGAACUUGCACGACAUAUUUCACAUUUUACAGCUUUGGAAGUACACUUCAGAUGCCAACCAUGUUUUAGAACUUGAAUCAGUUUGGCUGAGAGAGGAUUUAACGCUUCAAGUGACGCCGGUCAGAAUUGAUGAUCCCAGUGUUAAGCGACUGCACGGAAAAAAGGUGAACUCUAGCAACGAGAAAUUAUUGGGUUUUGCCCAAUUAUCCAUGGGAAAUGGUGGUAUAUAUGUGAAUUGGAAGGUGCAUUCUGUUGGGGGCAUUUGCACGCCUUGUUUGAGCGAACAAAAUUAG